AUGCACAAUCUACAGAGUAAAAAACAAGCAUUCGAGGUCGAGGUUUUCAUUCAUAUCACUUUUGUACCCACUAACUUACAGCCUAUGUUCCAGCAUGCAAAGCCGUUCACACUACAUUGCUCACUUCUUAUGCUUGUUCUUCUGUACUCAUUUCUUGGCGGAUUUGUUUUUGAUCGAAUUGAGACUGAUGCACAUGCUGAGAUGAAACGUAAUGAAAGAACGAACAGAACAGCUUGUGUUUCUCAAAUCCUACAUUCCGUCCACAGAUGGAACCGAAACCACACACAUCAAGAACAUAUAUCGGAAAAAAUUGCAGAUUGCUUUGAGCCGGAGAAGGACGAAAGGAGCGAAUGGAACUUUGUAACCGCUACAUUGUAUGGCUUUGGUAUUGUGACAACACUAGGGUAUAACAGAAUCGCACCAAUAACCUAUACGGGAAGAAUGUUUUGCAUUGUAUACGGUAUAUGUGGAAUACCAGUGACUAUGAUUAUCAUCGCCAACGUUGGUCAAUACCUGAAUAAUUUUGCUGGAGAUUCAAGACGAAAGAUUGAGGCUUACCGACAACAGAGGAGAAUGUCGAAAGCGUCGCUCGCAGGAAAAGUUUAUAAGGAGUCUUCAAUACAAGUCACGUCAUUGGCUUUACUUUGUGUGUUUCUGGUAUAUGUGGCAGUCGGUGCUUUACUACUGCCCUUACUGAAUGGAGAAUUAGACUUUUUCAAUGGUCUUUAUUUCAACUUUUUGUGUCUUACUGCAAUAGAUUUCGGACAACUAGUUCCGAUACGGGUGGAGCUUUUACCCAUUACAUUUUUAUACGUUUGCAUCGGUUUGGCUAUUACAACUAUAGCAAUCAAUAUUGGUUCUGAAUACAUGAAAAAGUUACACUACUGGGGCAAGAAAAUGAAGAAUGCGGCGCAAACAAGAAUUUGGUUUGGUGGUAAAACUUUGAAAGUGCGAGAUCUUCUUCACGCUGUUGGUAAAAAAUGUGGAGUUGAGCCCGGAAUGAUUGAUGCAUUGGACUUGGAAAACGUUGUUGAAAGAACUAUUGCUAUACAGGAAGGAAGAGAGCCACCAGAAGAUUUGAAUGAUGAGCCACGAGAUGAGCCUUCUCCUCGCUCCAUUAUUCACUCUCCGUGUUCCACAAGGCCAUCGAACCCUCCAAUGAGUCCACCAUCACCACGAGAAGACCACCCAUUUAUAUUCAAGAUGGAUACUCCUGCGCCUCGAAGCCCAUUACCACUGCCCACAUAUGAAUUGGAUAUCAAAAAACCAAUUUUUCAAGCGCUAUCCAACGAGUUUAUGAACCAGUCAGCACAAGAGAAAUUGUUCGAUGAUCUUGAUACUUUUCAAUGUGAAUUGAAUACUGAACUAGUUGAAGAUAACAAAUGUGAAAGUGUGAUAAUCAUUGAACCGCCUGCUACAUUCGAAGAUAUGACCGUACAAAGCAGUCUAAACGUUGAAGACUACGAGAAAGAAGAAAAAGUUCCGAAACGAUUCCGCGAAAAGAAGGAAAUGUACGGCCGAGAUCCGCGGAAACUGUAUGAAACUUAUCAAGAAGAAUGGGAUAGAUUGGAGCGGCUGUCAGACAGGAAGCAUGGUCCAAGGAGGAAAUCAGUAUUAAACCUAUCAAGUUGUUCUCCCGAACGAAGUGUCUCUCCGUCGCCUAUCAGGCAUUCAUUGACUGGAGAAGACAAUAGGAGGAAUUCCUAA